AUGUCUUCCUCCAUCAAGAGCGUUUUCGCCAUUGGCCUCCUGGCCACCGCCGACAUCGUUGCUGGCCACGCUGCCAUCAUUUCCGCCACUGGUAAUGCCGGUGGAAAGGGCAUGGCCCUCGGCAUCGAUACCAGCACUCCCCGCGAUGGAACACGCCGAAACCCCUUCCAGGCGGACAGCACCCGCUUCAAGGGCGAGGCAGCCGACACAUUCGGCGAGACCAUCGGCGCUGGCACUAACGAUCUCGAGGCCGGCACCAAGGCCUUGAUGGCCGAGACCGGCGACAUGCUCCCUCAAAUUACCGCUGGCGGCUCUGUCGACAUGACUCUGCACCAGGUCAACGCUGAUGGUGGUGGCCCCUACGACUGCAUGAUCAACGCCGACGGCACUGGUGCCGACUGGACCAACAUCAACGUCGUCACCACCCCUCCGGGCGAGAACUCUCGCAACCGUGACGGUGCCAAGACCGACUUCCCUCUCAAGGCCGCUAUUCCUGCCGGCCAGACGUGCACUGGUACCGUUGCCGGCCAGUCCAACGUCUGCCUGGUUCGCUGCCAGAAUGCCGCCCGUGCCGGACCAUUCGGCGGUGUCGUUCCCGUUCAGUUGGCCAACAGCACCACACCUGCCGCUGCUCGCCGCAAUCUGAUGCUUGCCAUCAAGCGCUCCGACGAUCUCCUUAAGAAGAUGAUCAAGCGUGCCCAGACACCCUCCGCCGCCCCCGAGGACGACCCCGAUUACCUGGCUGAGCUCCGCGCUGACGGCGAGGAGAUCUAG